GUCUGGAAUUAUUAUUAGUGUUACGUGGGAAAGUCAACUUGCAAUUUCAUUACAAACGUUACAUCACCAACAACAUAAGCCUAAUCAUUAGCAUCAUUAACAUUAAUCAUGUCAGUUGACUCCGACGCAGGAGCCAGCAGCAGGGACUGGCUGUUUCCAUCGCCUGCAGGUGGCAAGCAGCAGCAGCGUGACUGGAUUUAUCCGUCUCCAUUGCUGUCUUCUUCGCGUCUCUCUAAAACGCCAACUCGAAGAUUUUUCUCCACUUAUCCCCCUCCUCCUCGUGCUCCUGCAGUCCCUGUUGCCACCGUGACAACGCCUCAGAAUCGGUAUUACCCUGCUUCUGCUGGUAUUCGUCGCAGAAUUAAUUUUCCUCGUCGAUCAUUGAAGGAAGAUGUUUCAGUGGAGGAGAAAAAAGCAGUACCGGCUUCCAAUGCUGCUAAGUGUCUUAAGGCUGCUGAUGCUGCUGCUUUUCGGUUCAAAUUUAGCUGGCAGCGGUUUGUUGUGAUUGCGUUUCCAGUAGCUAUUUUGGUAGCUUUGAUUUCUUCUCUAGUUAACAAGAAUUUCUCAUUGCAGAGUCAGGUCACAGAUUUACAGCAUCAAAUUUAUAGGCUCAAUGGGAGAUUACGUCUUUGCAGUGGUUUGGAUUCGUUAAAUUCAAACGAUAGCUCAUAUGAGGAGAGUGAUACUGAUAGUUAUUAUAGCAAAAGUCUGAAGAUAACAGCUCUAGCUGUUUCCCUCAUACUUUUAGCCCUUCCGUUUUUCUUCUUAAAGUAUGUGGACUACGUUUCAAAGAAAAGUAAAUCACCAGACAGCAUUGCAGAAGAAGUAUCUCUAAACAAGCAGCUUGAGUACAAAGUGGAUGUAUUUUUGUCGGUCUAUCCAUAUGCUAAGCCACUGGCAUUGUUAGUUGCAACGCUGCUGCUGAUAUUUUUAGGUGGCCUGGCACUGUUCGGAGUAACAGAUGAUAGCUUAACAGAUUGCCUCUGGUUAUCUUGGACAUUCGUUGCUGCCUCAGGGAAUCAUGCUGACUCUGAAGGUCUUGGCCCCAGAUUAGUAUCAGUCACCAUUAGUUGUGGCGGGAUGCUCAUAUUUGCAAUGAUGCUGGGACUUGUUUCUGACUCAAUUUCCGAGAAGCUCGACUCCCUGAGAAAAGGAAAAAGUGAGGUGGUUAAACAGAAUCAUACUUUGAUUUUGGGGUGGAGUGACAAGUUGGGAUCACUAUUGAAUCAGUUAGCCAUAGCUAAUGAGAAUUUAGGCGGAGGGAUUGUUGUUGUCAUGGCUGAAAAAGACAAAGAAGAGAUGGAGGUUGACAUUGCUAAAAUGGAGUUUGAUUUUAGAGGGACAUCUGUCAUAUGCAGAAGUGGAAGUCCCCUAAUUUUGGCGGACCUCAAAAAGGUAUCUGUUUCGAAGGCACGUGCAAUAAUUGUCCUAGCAGAAGAUGGGAAUGCUGACCAGAGUGAUGCUCGUGCAUUGAGGACUGUUUUAAGCUUAACAGGAGUAAAAGAAGGAUUGCAAGGACAUAUAGUGGUGGAACUGAGUGAUCUUGACAAUGAGGUCCUUGUAAAACUUGUUGGUGGAGAUCUUGUUGAGACUGUUGUAGCACAUGAUGUGAUUGGUCGCCUGAUGAUACAAUGUGCCCGACAGCCAGGUCUUGCGCAGAUUUGGGAAGACAUACUUGGAUUUGAGGGUUGUGAGUUCUAUAUCAAAAGAUGGCCACAGUUGGAUGGAAUGCAAUUCGAAGAUGUCUUAAUCAGCUUUCCUGAUGCUAUUCCCUGCGGAGUGAAGGCUGCAUCCCAUUUUGGCAAAAUUAUUCUGAACCCUGAGGAUUCAUAUAUUUUACAAGAAGGCGAUGAAGUUCUCGUCAUAGCUGAGGACGAUGAUACUUAUUCUCCAACAAAAUUUCCGACGGUCCGAGAAGCACCAUUCAUACACAUAUCCCGACCAGAAAGAAAGCCUCAGAAGAUUCUACUUUGUGGAUGGAGGCGGGACAUUGAUGAUAUGAUUGUGGUAUUGGAUGCCUUUCUAGCCCCAAAUUCAGAGUUGUGGAUGUUCAAUGACGUUCCUGAAAAGGAGAGAGAAAAGAAGCUGAUUGAUGGAGGCCUUGACUUGAAUCGACUGGUCAACAUAACGUUGGUUAAUCGUGAAGGAAAUGCUGUAAUACGUCGUCACCUGGAAAGCCUUCCUUUGGAAUCUUUCAAUUCAAUUUUAAUAUUGGCUGAUGAAUCAGUAGAAGAUUCAGCCAUUAAAGCUGAUUCUAGAUCUCUUGCCACCUUACUCUUAAUCCGUGAUAUUCAGGCCAAACGUCUUCCGUAUAGAGAAAACAAGGUCUCCCACGUCCACAGAGAUAGCUUCUCACAAGGUUCGUGGAUGGGUGAAAUGCAACAGGCUUCAGAUAAAUCAGUAAUUAUCAGCGAAAUUUUGGAUCCAAGAACCAAAAAUCUAUUAUCAAUGUCAAAGAUCAGUGAUUACGUUUUAUCAAAUGAGCUUGUCAGCAUGGCACUGGCCAUGGUUGCAGAGGACCGUCAAAUAAAUGAUGUGUUGGAAGAACUCUUUGCAGAAGAGGGAAAUGAGAUGCAUAUAAGACAAGCAGAACUUUACCUUCAUGAAGGUGAAGAGUUGAGUUUUUUUGAGGUACUCUUACGUGCUCGUCAAAGGAGAGAGAUUGUUAUUGGUUUUAGAACAGCAAAUGCAGAGAGAGCCGUUAUCAAUCCGCCAAAUAAAAUGGAAAAAAGACGGUGGUCAGUGAAGGAUGUUUUUGUAGUAAUAGCUGAGAAGGAGUGACUUUCAAUUGUAUAUAGACUUUACUUGCUGCUUCUGGUAUGGAAUGAAAUCCCUAAACCAGAUGGACCAAUUAAAGCCUCGUAUCUUCAUCAACUCUAUCCAGAAACCAGAAGUCGAGGUUACCAGAUGGCCAACAUUCCGAGGGUCACCGUGUCCAGUCCAAUACAGGCCUUUGCUUAGCUUUAAAUAAAGAAGAGGAAAAAAACCCUUCAGGCUUCAGUUAUGAUAAUUUUACAGGGCGUCCAAGGUUCCUACAAUGUUCACCAAAUGUUUCGUCCAGAAAGGGCUCCUGCACUCUGCAAUCAUUUUUCUACCACAUCCUUGUAAAUAGGUCACAUUGUCGAAUUAACAUGUUAUUUUUGGAAUCAUUUUUCUCUCUUCCAUUCUUUAAAAGGCCAGAAUGUAAAAUAUUCCCUCAGAGUCGGUUUCUGCACUCUGCAAUCAUGCAUAGUGUGUGUCGCAAACAAUUACUAACUUCUGAGCACAUAACAGCUUCUGAAUUCCCUUGAAAACAUGUGCAGUUAGUGAC